AUGGCCGCCCCCAACAGCAACGACGCCGCCAGCGCCAGUGGCACCGGCCCGGCUGGCGAGGAAGACAUCUCCAUCGAGGCGUUGGCGCGGCGCGUGCAGGAGCACAUGACCCUCAACUCCAACCCCGCCGCUCGCCGCCACAAGUUCUGGGAGACGCAGCCCGUCGGCCAGUUCCGCGACACCGCCGACACGUCGCUACCGGACGGCCCCAUCGAGCCGCCGACGCCACUCUCCGAGGUGCGCGCCGACCCCUACCCGCUGCCCGCCGCCUUCGAGUGGCUCACCUGCGACCUCGACGACGACGCGCUCCUGGCCGACCUCUACUCGCUGCUCGCCCACAACUACGUCGAGGACGACGAGAACAUGUUCCGCUUCAACUACUCCCCGGCCUUCCUCCGCUGGGCGCUCAAGCCGCCGUCCUUCUUCCGGGCCUGGCACAUCGGCGUCCGCGCCAAGGAGUCCAAGAAGCUCGUCGCCUUCAUCUCGGGCGUCCCGGCCCGCAUCCGCGCCCGCGACGACAUCGUCCGCAUGGCCGAGAUCAACUUCCUCUGCGUCCACAAGAAGCUCCGAUCCAAGCGCCUGGCACCCGUGCUCAUCCGGGAGGUCACCCGCCGCGUCCACCAGGAGAACAUCUGGCAGGCUGCAUACACCGCGGGGGUCGUCCUCCCAACCCCCAUCACCACCUGCCGCUACUGGCACCGAUCCCUCAACCCCAAGAAGCUCAUCGAUGUUGGGUUCUCUCGCCUCGGUCCGCGCAUGACAAUGAGCCGCACGGUCCGUCUAUACAAGAUGCCUGAUGCGCCGCUCACCCCUGGGUUCCGCAGAAUGGAGCUGCGGGAUGUUGCUGCAGUCACACGGCUGCUGAGGGCUUACCUUGCGAGGUUUGUGGUGGCACCAGAUUUUGAUGAGGUAGAUGUGGAGCACUGGCUGCUGCCCCAAGAGGAUGUGGUGGACAGCUACCUUGUGGAGAGCCCUGAGACGCAUGAGGUCACGGAUUUCUGCAGCUUUUACACGCUGCCCUCAUCAGUGCUCAACAAUGCUAACUAUGCGACGCUCAAAGCGGCAUACUCAUAUUACAAUGUUUCCACCAAAACUCCGUUGCAGCAGCUGAUGAAUGAUGCUCUGAUUGUUGCCAAGCAGAAGAAUUAUGACGUGUUCAAUGCUCUCGAUGUCAUGGAGAAUGAGUCAUUCCUCAAGGAGCUCAAGUUUGGUCCUGGAGAUGGGCAGCUCCACUAUUACCUCUACAACUACCGUAUUCGCAAUGGCAUCAAGCCCUCUGAGCUUGGUCUUGUGCUGCUAUAG